GGGGCCCAGUGGCCCAGCGGACAAAGGAAAUAGGAACAGGAAACGCAAAUAUUGCGGGAGGAUGGUCGUCGGGACUGCAAGCAGGGCCAAGAAGCAUUUCCUUGAAAACAGGUGCAAUCUUGGGCCGUUGAAGGCGACACUGAGCAAAGAGGAGUUGCAGGAGAGGGAAAGGGGGAGGAAUGCCGCAAUUAGAGAGCUCGGGGGGGUUGGUGCACCUGCUGAUGUGUCCUCCGAAGAGGAUGAAUGUGAGGCAAGUGAGGGAGAGGAACCGAAGUCUGCAACACGGACUACUGUAGGGGCAUCCACUUCAAAGACCGGGAUGAGGCAGUCCUUGAUCACGGACAAUGUCACAGUCAUGUCGAAGAAUGAGGAUACGCAGCGCUCGAUCAAUGAUUGGAUGACUGCCCACUGUAUCCCCUUCAACAUGAUGAAGAGCGAGGAGUGGGACAACAUGGUGAAGGCGUUGAUGAACGCCCACGAAUCCUUCAAGUACGCAAAGUACGAGAAAGCAAGGACCACUCGUGUGGAGGUCACCAAGGGGAGGGUUGCAGCAAUGGUGGAGGAACUGCGGCGGCAGUGGCCUUCUACAGAUAGCUUGCUGCAACUGGACGGUUGGACAGAUCAUCGCUCCAGGCCACACAUCAACGUUAUGGUCUCGUUCCCAAAAGGCUCCAUCUUUUGGAGGAGUGUUUGCAUGAGCAAUCGGGACAAGGGCGCGGUAUCGUACUACGAGAUACUGAAGAGGGCAAUCGCGGAGGUUGGGCAGGAUGCGGUCGUGGGCAUUGUCAUGGACAAUGCCACAGUGUGCGCAGCUGCAGGACGCAUGAUCGAGGCCGAGUUCUCGCAUAUCUUCUCGAUCGGUUUCACUGCGCACAACAUCGACUUGAUGUUGGAGGCAUUCACGAAGAUCGGAUGGGUUGAUGCUGCAAUCAAGCGCGCAGUGGACAUUGCAAAGUUCUUCACGAAUCAUACACGCAUGAGGGACCUAUUGCUCUCAAAGUCUAACGGGGAGGUCGUGGCAAAACCGGGCGCAACCCGGUUUGCCACAAAUUUCAUCAUGUUGAGCAGCCUUCAACGACUGUACCUUCCUCUUCGUUCUUGUUUGCUUGAUGCAGCAUGGAAGGAGAGCAUUGUGCUGCCCACACAGCGGCAUCUAUUCCAUGUAGCCACCGAAUGCAUCCUUGACAACUCGUUUUGGUCCGGCAUGGAGAAGGUAAUGGAGAGCUCGAAGGGCCUGCUCGGUCUCUUGAAGUUUGUGGAUGGCAAUGGCCCCACAAUGAGCAAGAUCUAUGGCCGCAUGGACAACUUGGUGGAGAAGCUCAAAGAGAACGAGUUCUUCACGAAAACGGAGAAGGACGAGUUGGAGGCGAUCAUAAUGCCGCGUUGGAAUGCCAUGACAUCAACACUACAUUGCGCAGCAAUGUUUUUGGACCCUGAGUUCAAAGCCAACAAGCCGGAGCAAGAUCUGGAGGUUGCAGACUGGUUCUGGACGUGGGUAUACUCUUGGUGCAAGUGGCCGAUGUACAAGACGGUGGACGAAGAGGUUAACAAUUGGAUCGACGGUGUUGGGAAGUUCAGGUCCGAGAAGGCGAUCGAAGAAGCACAUGGGACGCAGCCUGCACGAUGGUGGAGGAAAUGGUGCAGCGAGCUGCCCCAUCUCCAAAGGCAAGCAAUCCGUUUGCUUGGCCAGGGGUCCUCCUCCUCCAACUGUGAACGAAAUUGGAGCCUCUUCGAGCGCAUCCACUCCCGCCCACGGAAUAAGCUUGAAACAGUCAAGCUUAACACCUUGGUCUACAACAGAUGGAAUCAGCAUUUGUUGAAGAAGUUGACCAAGAAGCCCAAGCCCGGUGAGGAUGACCUUUUGUGGGAGGAGGAUUUGGACCUCGAGAAGAAGGAGGUCGCUGCGGAUGCUACGAUGCACGUGGAAAGGCGCUCGCGUGUUUGCAAGUUGAAUGAGGGGCGGGAGGGCAAUGGCGAUGAUGAUGAUGAGGAGGAGGGUGACGAUGAGGAUGUUGUCGAAGAAGAGGAGGAGAGAGACGAAGGGGAGUUGCAGCGGGCCAUGAAGACCAUGAGCGAUUCGCAUGCCGAGAAAUUUCUGGCUUCCCGUUCGAAGGCAUCUGCGUUGGCACCAAAAACCGUCAAACGUGGACCGGGAAGACCGCGAAAGGUCGUGGAGGAACCUGCUGCAAUGGAUGAGAGUGGCGGGAGGAAGGAGAAUGCUGAGGAGGGGGGGGGCAAUGAUUCUCAAGCACAACCUGCUGCAUUGGCUACCAAACCAGGAAGAGGGGUAACGAAUGGAGACAAAACCAGGGGAGGUAGGAGUGGUGAAGACAGGGGUGGUAGAGUAGUCGGAAGGUGGGUAACAGACGGAGACAAAUCCAAGGGAAAUAAAGGCGGUGAAGACGGGGGUGAUGAAGCCAGGGGUGGUGAAGUGGCUGACGCAGAGACAAGGGGGGUAGUCGUAGGUGAGACCCGAAGAGGGGACACUGCAAGUGGUAAUGCAGGCAUGGCCACUGAUUCCAUGGAGGAACACACCGAGACCAAGGGCGAUACAAUAGUUGUGGGUCGAGUUGCUCCCGCGGAAUCAAUCGUAGAAGCAACCAAGGCCAAUGAGGAAGAGGUUGCGAACCGACAAGGGGCAGCCAGCGUCACAAACGACAUGGAAGGGGCUACCAAGACUUAUGAAGAUGCAUGUGCGAUAGACGCAAGUAAUGAAGAAGAGGUUAUGAUAGGUGUGACAGGCGCCGGUAAUGAAGAAGGGGUUGUGACAGGCGUAGUGUGGUCGGCCUCCGUCAAACAACGAUCGAGGACAGUGUUGUCGUUAUCAAGGCGCACGAGCAAACACAGCGCACAGUGGACGACUGAAAUGACGGCAGAAUGCAUCCAAUUCAAUAUGAUGCGGAGCAAGUACUGGGACAGAAUGGUGCAUGCACUCAUGAAUGCGCCCAAAGGAUUCCGGUACGCGAAAUUCGAGAGUGCAAGGACAAAGAGGGUUGAAGUGACGAGGGCGAGGGUCGCAAAGAGGGUGGAGGAGUUGCGGCAGGAGUGGCCAACCACUGGCUGCAUGAUGCAGCUUGAUGGUUGGACAGAUUGCCGACAGAGACCACACAUCAAUGUGAUGGUCUCCUUCCCGAAGGGCUCUAUCUUCUGGCGAAGUGUGUGCAUGUCAGGGCGCAACAAAGGCGCCUCGACAUACUAUGGCAUUCUGAGGAGGGCAAUAGAGGAGAUAGGUGCGGAGGCAGUGGUGGGGGUCAUUAUGGACAAUGUUGCCGUUUGUGCAGCUGUGGGGCGAAUGGUGGAAGCGGAUCAUCCGCACAUCUUCUCGGUCCCAUGCACAGCUCACUCGCUCAACCUCAUUUUCGAGUCUUUCGCGAAGAUCACGUGGGUGGGCGAAGUUAUUAAAAGGGCGUCGGAGGUAGCAAAAUUUUUCACGAACCUUUCGCGGGUGCGGGAUCUCCUCCUCCACUACUCCAAUGGUAGCGUCGUGGCAAAACCGGGUGCGACCCGGUUUGCCACGAACUUCGUCAUGUUGUCGAGCCUGCAGGGGUUGUACUUGCCUCUGCGAGCGUGUUUGACAGACGAUGAUUGGAAGCCAGCGAUUGUGCACACUUCGCAACACGAACUGUUUGUGAGGGUUACACAUGCCAUCUUCGACGACACCUUCUGGGCAGAUAUCGAGAAGCUGAUGCAAACGUCCAAGAACCUCCUCAAGCUUCUUAAGAUGGUCAACGGCACGCGUCCCACCAUCAGUAAGGUGUACGCCCGUAUGGACAGCGCUGUGGAGAAACUGAGGGAGAGCAAGCACUUUACGGAAGCAGAAAAGGAUGAGCUAGAGGCUAUAAUAAUGCGGCGCUGGAAUACAAUGACUUCACCACUGCAUUGUGCUGCGCUGUUUUUGGAUCCGGAUUACAGAGCGUCGCGGCCGGAAUCCGAUGCAGAGAUUGUGGACGUGUUUUGGACAUGGCUUUACUCGUGGUGCAAGGAGGCUGCGUAUAGGGAGGUCGACGUGGAGGUCUGUUCUUGAAUCGAGGGCACCGGGAGGCACACUACCGAAAAUGCAAGGACACAUGCCCAUACGAUGCAGCCGGCGAGGUGGUGGCGGAAGUGGUGCAGCGACAUGCCCAUCCUCCAAAAGCAAGCCGUUCGGCUCCUUGGACAAGGCUCCUCCUCCUCUAGUUGCGAGAGGAAUUGGAGCUUGUUCGAACGGAUUCAUAGCCGUCUCCGCAACAAUCUUGGCGCCGUCAAGCUCAGCACGCUGGUUUUCAACAGAUGGAACCAGCACUUGUUGGACUUCUUGACCAAGAAACCGACGGUUGACGAUGCGGCGAAGUGGGAAGAGGAUGAGCCGGUGGAAGAUCUCACACGAGAUGAGAUGGCGUCAAAUGCACGCCUGUGGUUGGGGGAGUGGCGUGCCCGCUUGCGCAAAACACAUUCGGUCCACGACGAAGGUGAGAAUGAUGACUUGGGCUCUGACGAGGAGGACAUUCUUGUCCAAGCGCAACAAACGGCUGUUGCGGAG